GGAACCCGCUGAAAAGCGAUGUUUCCUGCGACCAUCACUGGUGUGAGAAGCUUUAAGCACGCAAACCUAUCCUGAAGGCAUCUGGCUCCUCUUCUCUCAAAGGGGCUUUUCCUUCUAAGGCUUUGUUCAGAUGGAAAUGAAACCAUGCUUCACACAGUCCAUGCGUUUCCUCCUGCUCCUUGCUUUCCAAACCCUGACUGCUGGGUACAGAGUUGAGACCAUUCCUGGUUUUCUUCAGCCCGUUGUGGGAGCGUGGCAUCGGAAUGUCACCUUGCCCUGCCACAUCGAGCCCCAGCUGUCUGCUGUGGGGCUGCAGGUGAGGUGGUUCAGGGAGGGCUCGGAGCAGCCGGUGCACCUGCACAGGUACGGGCGUGAUGACCCGGCCUUACAGGACGGGGCCUACCAGGGCAGGACCCGGCUGUUUGAGGAAGAGCUCGCCAGCGGGAACGUCUCCCUCAGGCUGAGCGAUCUUCAGCUCUCAGACAGCGGAGUCUACCGCUGCCUUGUGCAGGGGGACCGGUGGGAGGAUGAGAGGAACGUAACGCUGCUCAUCCCAGUGAGUGGCUCCCAGCCCAGAGUAUCUGUGGACAGGACAGGCAGGCCCAGACUGGUGUGCAGGUCGGAGGGCUGGUUCCCCCAGCCUGAGGUCACCUGGAGGGACAAGAGGGGCGGUGUGGCGACGCCUCACACCCGACACAGCCAGGACGAGCAGGGUCUCUACACGGUCAUCAGCGACCUGGAGCUGCAGAGGCAGUCGGACGUGUUCUCCUGCAUGGUCACUGCGGAGGGUCCGGGUGGAGCCUCCAAGCUGCACAUCGCAGAGGAUUUCUACCCCCCCAUGUCUUCAUGGAUGAUGCUUUUCUUCCUCAUGGUGGGAUUCGUUUCCAUCUUCAUCCCAGUGGUGAUAAGAGCCUGGAGAAGACUUAAUGUAAGGUACAAAAAUGCCUGUAAUUCAGUCACUGUUCGCCUUGGGAAAGAAUUGGCGGCCCUAAAACAGCCUAUUAAAUCAGAGUGGAGCUCUAUUCGUGGAUAUGCAGCUACCGUGACCCUCGACCCUUGUACGGCAUACAACAGGCUGGUGCUGUCUGCUGACAGAAAGCAAGUUUACAUGGCUGAGAAGCGGCUGAAGCUCCCGGUGGAUGCGCGGAGGUUUAAACACUUCCCCUAUGUGUUGGGCAAGGAGAGCUUCUCCUCAGGGAGCCACUACUGGGAGGUGGAAGUAGGCCGAAAGCCCUGGUGGUGCGUGGGCGUUUGCAGGAUGUUUGUGAACAGGAGCAGGGAGAUGGAGACGACUCCCAGCCAUGGCUACUGGACUUUGGAGCUGCGCGGCGAGGAGACCUGCAGAGGUGGCGGAGCCUCCUUGCAUGUCAGGAGGAGGCCCCACAAGGUGGGCGUGUACUUGAAUUACGAAGAUGGCCAGGUCUCGUUUUACAACGCAGAGACAACUUCUCUCAUUCACACACUGAGCGACCAUUUCACCGAGGCACUUUGCCCCUUCUUCUGCACUGGUGUGAUUGGUGGAAACAUCCCACUAAUCAUCUGUCCCAUAGAGGCUGGAACAUCACCGUAAACAGCAGACCUGAGUCAAAUACAAAUAUGCAUUUGAAUGUACUGCAUCUACAGAACCUGUGGGGUGGGAUUAUGUUUCAGGAGCGUAUGCAGGUAACUAGCUCUGCAUUGGUGAAGGGGAAGAAGCAAAAGUAGGCCAACAGCAAAGCGACACGACAAGCUGAUAGUAGGACUGCGCGAUAUAGCUAUCGCGGAACAUCGAAUAGUAAUAAUAAAAUCUCUGGCAGGUGCCGGUAGGUUUUGUUACUUCUUUUUGUCUUUAAUCAUACUUGAUAAGCUAACACAUCUCCAAACUUCAGUAAAAUACUCAUGGGAGAGAAAAAACAUUGCUUGCAACAUUGAAGGUUGGUUAAUUCGUUUUGAAAAACGCGCUUAUGUUUUCGCUCUUUGUCCUUUGUCCAUAGUCAUGUUUUUUUCCACAACAUGGAAACAGCAUGGCCCUGCGGCUGUCAUAUCCACAUUGAAAAGAUACGAGUGACGUUUUUCCCCCGGAAGCAUUUAACUUUGGCUUAGAAAAUUGGAUGUGUGCUACCGCAUCAACUAUGAUUAAAUAAAAAAAGAUUUAAAUAAAUCUGCAUGCCGGAGAUAAUUGUUACUGUGCUUACAAAAAAAAAAAAACCCUUAUACCGCGAUGGUUAUAUCUCCCGGCCCUAGCUGAUGGGGCUAGUUCAAAAACAAGACUACAGCAAGGCUGAAAUAUCCUAUAGUAUGCCUUGAUAUACUACCUUGAAAGUAUUUUUUAAAUGUUAAGUAUUUCCCAUUAUUUGAAAUAUACUGCAAAUAAAUGUAACGCAUAAGGACAGGUCACAUAUUUGAUUUGAUAUAAUGUAUUUGAUACAUUUUUUCUAAACUUGUAUAAAUCAAAUACAUAUUUGUAUUUAAUGCCAUAUUUGCAUGAUGAUAAAAAAAACAUUCUGAAAGCCUUCUAAACCAUUAACCAUCUUAAUUACAUUGUAUGGUUCGUCCUGCAACCAGUUGUCCAUUGGUAAUUACUGACCCUUAUUAUGAUAACACUGUGUGUCCAGGUGAAUCUAAGUUUCACUUGCUGUGUACAUAGAAAAUGAAGUACUUGAAUUUCAUGUACAGUUGAACAUGCUCUGACAAAGGCUUUCUGUUUAUUCUCAAAUGUGUCACCAACCUUCUCAAGUGAUGUCAUCACUGAAGACAUGCUACCUAUGCUUGUUUAGAAAAGGACAAAGAGGAGUGCAUUAAAUAUUUUUUAUUUUAUGCAUCCUCUCAAGUUCUUCAGUUAUAUUAUAUCGGCACCCAUACCUUCCACCGACCGCUCAUCCUCUGUCCUGGAGUAACAAGAGUUCCCUUCUUGAUGUGCCUACAUCCUCUGUUGCUGCGUACCUGCGAGUACCUGUUCAGUAUUGGAGGCUGUGUGUUAAGGCCUAACUGGUGUUCCCUUUCUUUUAUUUUAAAGCCUAAUGUUUGUCCAAAGCUGGUUUGUUUAAAUUUACAAUUAAAAGAUCUUGUCUAUUAUAACAUUGUGCUGAUUGUUAUUUUGCAUAUUGGGACACUCAUAGCUAAUGUAUUUACAAAAGUUUGUUGUGGUUCAAUAUACUGGAUGUAUUAUUAUUUUAAUUUUUUUUGGA